AUGUCCAGGGAACAAGACAAGGAAGCGACCGUCUAUGUCGGCAACCUCGAUGAGCGCGUGACUGACCAGCUCGUCUGGGAGUUGAUGCUCCAAGCCGGCCGUAUCGUCAAUGUUCAUCUGCCCAAGGAUCGCGUCACCCAAACACACCAGGGCUUCGGUUUCGUCGAGUUCGUUAGCGAAGAAGAUGCCGACUAUGCCGCCAAAAUCAUGAACCAGAUCCGUCUUUGGGGAAAGCCUAUUCGUGUCAACAAGGCCUCGGCAGACAAGCAGAAGACGUUGGAUGUGGGUGCUGAGCUAUUUGUUGGAAACCUGGAUCCCAUGGUCGACGAGCGCGUUCUGUUUGAGACUUUCAGCCGCUUCGGCAGCCUGACUUCUGCGCCAAAGGUUGCCCGUGACGAUGCGAACCUCAGCAAGGGAUACGGAUUCGUGUCUUUCACCACCUUCGAAGCCUCGGACGAUGCCAUCGCGAAUAUGCACGGCCAAUACCUCAUGAACAAGGAGAUCACCGUUCAGUACGCUUUCAAGAAGGAUGGCAAGGGUGAACGCCACGGAGACGCCGCAGAGCGUGCCCUCGCUGCUGCUGGCCGCGAACACAACAUCGAACCCCAAGUGCAACCUCUGCCUCCGCAACUGCUGGCUCCUCAAAUCGCUACUCCUAUUGCGCCGCCUACACCCAUGGCAGCUGCUCCCUACGGCGUUUCGCCUGUGACUGGCGGAUACGGCGCUCCCCCAGCUGCCAGAAAUCAGCUUCCACCUCCUCCUGCAGCUGCUGGUGUGCCUGCUCGACCACCCCCAAGCGUUGGUGGAUACAACGGACCCCAAGGUGGCUACAAUGGUCCUCCUCAAGGAUUUGCUCCGCCUCCAGGUUUCGCACCCAACGGAGCUCCACCUGGAUUUGCACCACCACCAGGUUUCGGAAUGCCUGGCAUGCCUCCUCCCGGAUUCCCUGCUCCACCGCCAGGAAUGCCUCCGAAUGCUUAUCAGAGACGAUGA